GUUCUCUUUCAGCUCUUAGCAGCUACUCAUGCCGUUACUCCUGACCGUCAGCCCUUCAUUCCAUUCCUGACUGCCACAAAUUAUCACUAUUAUGCCAUUUAUUUCAUUCUUCUGAUACUAUCAUUUAAUUUUACCUGCCUUUUCUAUCCUCCUAUCCUGUGGCUCGACCUGAAGCCCAUAAUCAUGUACCUUGCAUGCACUCUGAUGCAUCUUACCUUGGAGCAGUCGCUUGCUGCAGCAACGAUCAACGCCGCUUAUAGUAUUAAUCUUUCCCACAAAGUCGGUGGCAUUGCCAUCGGCCGCCAAGCUGACCUACUAAUACUCGAUUGCGAACGGUAA